ACGCUCGGCCAGAGAGGGAAAAACGUUCUUUCCUCAUGGCUACGAUUGAUCUAAGUUCUUCAUCCUCGUCCUUUUCCGGUGUGUGGCUAUUGCUGGCUGACGCCCUCAACUACGGUCCCGAUUCAAGUGAAGUCCUAAUCCAGAAAAAGCCAUCAUGGUGAACUUCACCGUCGACGAGAUCCGUGGCAUCAUGGACAAGCGGAACAACAUCCGCAACAUGUCCGUGAUUGCUCACGUGGACCAUGGCAAAUCAACCCUGACCGACUCGCUCCUAGCCAAGGCCGGUAUCAUCGCGGGGUCCAAGGCCGGUGAGACGCGAGCCACUGAUACUAGGAAGGAUGAGCAGGAACGGUGCAUCACCAUCAAGUCGACCGCCAUCUCUAUGUACUUCGAAAUGGAGGAGAAGGAUUUGGCCUUCGUCAAGCAGGAACGCGAAAAGGACUGCGCCGGCUUUUUGAUCAACUUGAUCGACUCGCCCGGUCACGUGGAUUUUUCGUCGGAAGUGACGGCCGCCCUCCGCGUUACGGACGGCGCCUUGGUGGUCGUGGAUUGCGUCUCUGGCGUGUGUGUGCAAACUGAAACGGUGUUGCGACAAGCCAUCGCUGAGCGAAUUCGUCCCGUGCUUUUCAUGAACAAGAUGGAUCGGGCUUUGCUCGAGUUGCAAUUGGAGCAGGAGGAUCUCUACCAAACCUUCCAACGGAUUGUCGAGAACGUAAAUGUUAUCAUUGCCACUUACGCUGACGAUGAUGGGCCCAUGGGCGUAGUGCGUGUGGACCCGGCCAACGCUUCCGUUGGAUUUGGCUCCGGACUCCACGGUUGGGCCUUUACCUUGAAGCAGUUCGCCGAGAUGUAUGCUUCCAAGUUCGGCGUCGAUGUGGACAAGCUCAUGAGCAAGCUUUGGGGCGAGAACUUUUUCAGUCCCAAGACCAAAAAGUGGACCAAGUCUAAGAAUGAAGACAACAAGCGUUCCUUCUGUAUGUAUAUCUUGGACCCCAUCUACAAGGUGUUUGAUGCCAUCAUGAACUUUAAAAAGGACGAGACCGAUAAGUUGCUGGACAAGCUCGAGGUUAAGAGCAAGAUGAAAUAUGAGGAGCUCCAACAAGAAGGCAAGCCUCUGAUGAAGACCGUCAUGCGAACGUGGUUACCCGCGGGUGAAGCCAUGUUCAUGAUGAUUGUGGUGCAUUUGCCUUCGCCCGUGACUGCGCAACGGUAUCGCGCCGAGAUGUUGUACGAAGGUCCCAAGGACGACUCUGCUUGCGUGGCCAUGAAGGCUUGCGAUCCUAAUGGCCCAUUAAUGAUGUACAUUUCGAAGAUGGUGCCCACUACCGACAAGGGUCGUUUCUACGCCUUCGGUCGUGUCUUCUCUGGCAAGAUUGCCACCGGUAUGAAAGCUCGCAUCAUGGGCCCCAACUAUAUCCCCGGAAAAAAGGACGAUUUGUAUGAAAAGUCUAUUCAGCGAACUAUCCUCAUGAUGGGACGUUACAUCGAGGCCAUUGAGGAUGUCCCUUGCGGUAACAUCUGUGGGUUGGUGGGUGUUGAUCAGUUCUUGGUCAAGACUGGAACCAUCACCACUUCCAAGGAGGCUCACAACUUGAAGGUGAUGAAAUUCUCUGUCUCUCCUGUGGUCAGAGUCGCUGUUGAGCCCAAGAACCCCUCAGACCUGCCCAAGUUGGUGGAAGGUCUCAAACGAUUGGCCAAGUCCGAUCCUAUGGUCCAAUGUACCAUUGAGUCGUCUGGAGAACACAUCAUCGCCGGUGCCGGUGAGCUUCAUUUGGAAAUUUGCCUCAAGGAUUUGGAAGAAGAUCACGCUCAAAUUCCCAUCAAGAAGUCCGACCCUGUCGUCUCCUAUCGAGAGACCGUUGCUGAAGAGUCCAGCCAGAUGUGCUUGUCAAAGUCCCCCAACAAGCAUAAUCGUCUCUUCAUGAGGGCUGUGCCCAUGCCCGAUGGCCUGGCCGAGGACAUUGACAACGGCGAGGUGAACCCCCGCGACGACUUUAAGACGCGUGGCCGUUACUUGGCUGAUAAAUACGAAUACGACAUCACCGAGGCCCGGAAGAUCUGGUGCUUUGGCCCCGAAACUAAUGGACCCAACAUUAUGGUGGACUGCUCCAAGGGAGUGCAGUACUUGAACGAAAUCAAGGAUUCGGUCGUGGCUGGAUUCCAAUGGGCCACCAAGGAAGGUGUGCUUUGCGAUGAAAACUGUCGUGGAAUUCGAUUCAACAUCUAUGAUGUUACCCUCCAUACUGAUGCUAUCCAUCGUGGUGGUGGUCAAAUUAUCCCCACAGCCAGGCGUUGCUUGUAUGCGUGCGUCCUUACUGCUGAGCCUAGGCUGAUGGAGCCCGUCUACUUGGUCGAAAUUCAGUGCCCCGAAAACGCAGUUGGUGGCAUCUAUGGCGUGCUGAAUCGACGUCGUGGUCACGUGUUCGAAGAGUCCCAAGUGGUUGGUACACCCAUGUUCCAAGUGAAGGCCUACUUGCCUGUGAACGAGUCCUUCGGAUUCACGGCUGAUCUUCGCUCCAACACGGGAGGACAAGCGUUCCCGCAAUGCGUGUUCGACCAUUGGCAGGUGAUGCCUGGCGAUCCAAUGGCCGCUGAAGCCAAUAGCAAACCCUACCAAAUCUGUCAGGAAACGAAGAAGAGGAAGGGAUUGAAGGAGGCUCUUCCCGAUUUGGGAUCCUACUUGGACAAGAUGUAAAAACAUAGUUCGUCUUUCUUUAUUAUGCCGAACAUCCUCAAAUAAUAAACGAUUCUGUUGUAAAUGGACGACCAACCCCUACCUUGUUGUUCACGGAAAAGAGCUUGAAACAGAAUCAAGAUAUCGAAAUCAUGACGACCUUCUCUAUUAGAACAAUAUACCCUUUGGUUAUUUUUCCAUCA